AUGUUCAAUAAGACAGGUCUGCAAAGCCUAAAAGGAGCUUCAUUAGUGGGUGCCAUCACGUCAGUAUGUGCCUCGUCAUUCCUGCUAUUCGGAUAUGAUCAGGGUGUUAUGUCGGGUGUGGUCAUUUCGGAUUACUGGCUAGCGGAAAUGGGACAUCCGAGUACUCUCAUGACCGGCACCAUUACUGCUUUAUAUGAUGUUGGGGCCGUGUUUGGGGCAAUCCUAGCUGCAUUUACCGUGGAGCGAAUGGGUCGAAAGGGAGGACUGAUGGCUGGUGCCGCUUUGAUUGUCGUCGGUUCAGCUUUGAUGGCUGGUGCUGUGGAGAGAGUGCAAAUGAUGGUGGGCAGAAUCAUUGCUGGUCUGGGUAUUGGCUAUUUGACAUCGGUUGCACCUGUAUAUCAGAGUGAGAUUUGUCUGCCUAGUCAACGAGGAUGGCAUAUGUCUUGCCAACUGACAACAAUGUUGUUUGGAUUAAUGUUGGCUUACUGGAUCAAUUAUGCAUUGUAUUUCCAGCCUGGCCCAAUCCAGUGGCGAUUCCCAUUGGCAUUUCAAGCCAUAUUUGCCAUCUAUGUGCUCAUUGUCACACCCUUUUUACCGGAUACGCCACGUUGGCUCAUGCUUCACGAGUCUUCCCCCGAGCGGGGCGUCAUGGUCCUUGCAAAGUUACGCAAUAAGCCAGAAAACGAUCCAGCUGUUCAAGAAGAGAAAGCCGAUAUUUUAGCGGCUAUAAAUAUUGAAGCUGAGCAGGAAGGCUCUUGGAAAUCACUGUUUACGGACGGGGGAUGCGGAACGAACAAGCGGUUUUUCCUGGCACUCGGAAUCCAAUUCAUGCAGCAGACUUCAGGUAUCAAUAUUGUGAGCUACUAUGCCCCCACUCUUUUUACAGAGAGCCUGGGAAUGUCUCAGGAACGAGCAUUGUUUGUGGGCUGCUUUCUCCAAGUAUGGUACAUUCUGGCCUCUUUACUCACGUGGUACAUGAUCGAUGCGGUUGGAAGGAGACGUCUAUUUAUCAGCAUGGCAGUAGGCAUGUGCGUUGUUUUGAUAUGCGAGGCCAUCACUGUCGCAAUCGGUACUCAGCAAUCUGGAAUUGCAUCGGUGUUCUUUGUGUUUGCAUUUGAAGCCUGCUUCACAUGGGGCUGGAUGGCCACCGUCUGGGUAUACCCAGCCGAGAUUUUGCCACUCAAAGUCCGAUCUAAGGGAGCCGCGCUGGCGGCCGCGGCCGACUUUCUAGGAAAUUUCCUUGUUGUGGAGAUUACACCGCCAGCCCUUGAGAAUAUUGGCUAUAAGACCUAUAUCAUUUUCGCGGUGUUCAACCUCGUCGCGGCAAUUAUCGUUUAUUGUUUCUACCCGGAGACCUCUUACCUUAACCUGGAGUCCGUGGAUCUUCUCUUCAUGCCCGAUGAGGAUCGGGACCAGGAGAUUGAGUCAAAGCGAAAGUUUUACCACAAGGCCAUCCAAUGGAACGUCGUUCCUCGGGCAAGAAUGGCUGUCAAUGAAGCUAAAGCUAAGAAGAAGGCUGGCUUAGCUGAAACAAUGGGAGAUGUUGAGCAACCUGAUGUAAAAAUCACCGGGGCGUUCAACCAUGUUGAGUUCAAGGGGUGA